GAUAAAUAUAUUAAAAAUAUUUAUUCACCAAGUGGUUUUGGAGAAACACAAAUUGCUGCAAAUAUUAUUGCUUGUAGAGAUGAGAAUAUACAUGCCACUAAUAAUGAGGAAUCUGUUGAUGAGACCAUAUUUGCUAUAUGCGUUCUUUCAAUAUACAUAACAUUUUACAAGACAGAGAUUCCUGCAAAAUAUUGGACUGAACUUAGUCGUGGUUUACCAAAAACAGAUAUCAUUGUUAAGAGAUGGCUAGGAGAAAAUGCUAAGCGGAAAAGUCUAGAUUUAGUAGAACCAAACAGGAGAAAAGCAGUACUAGACGCAUUAGCUAACAUUCGUAAAUUUCUUCUGCACUAUGAACAACCUGAGAUGAGUGAUGAAAAUACACCAGCCACAUCAAUGCUAAAUGCAUCACUUAAAAAAGAUGAUGAAUAA